AUGUGGGGUAAAGCCGAUUCUUUGGAAAAUAAUCCAUUUGCUUCUUUGUUUCCAAGUUUGGAAGAAGCAAGGAAAUAUUCUCGUAAAGUUUCAAUUCAGCAUAUGAACGAAAAUAAAAAUCUUGUUGAGAAAACUACGGAACAUGAACCUAGCACUAGUAAAUAUAAUGAUUUAAAACAUAAAAAAAAUGAUAAAUGUAAUAAUGAAAUUUCAAUUUCGGAAGAAAAAAAUAAUGUUGCGCAAAAAUUUACCAGAAAAGAACGAAUCAAUGACGCCGCUGAAUACAUAUUUGGUAUAACUUUAAACAAAAAUACGGAUAAAACUUUGGUAUUAAUAGAAGAAUUUGCAAGCUGUGAAAAUUCAUUGAUAGAACUUUCAAAUUUAGAUCAAAUUUUAUUUGAACGUUUGUUACUUCAAAAUCCAGUUCAAAAUCUUUUGAACCCUCCCAUAAAUGGUGUAAUUGAUGGUCCAACUGUUCUGGUGGAAGUCAUAACAUAUCUUGUAGAAGCUUUUAAAAAACUAUGUAAAGCAUUGCAAAUGUCUAAAUAUGAAAUUAUUAAAAAUGAAAUUGGUGAAAUGCAAAUGUUAAUUUUAAGAAAUUCAGCUACUGCUCUUAGACAACCAGAAUUAUAUGAAAAUCAAAAUUUAAAUUCUCAAGUGUUGCAAAUAUUUUAUGAAAAUGUUGGUCUGAAUAAAGAAGAUCUUUUCUUGCCUUUUUUAAAUGGGAUUGUGGAAGAAAUAAUAAAAGAUGAAGAUAAUCCUUCGGAAGUAAUAUUGACUACAUUCACGCCAAUAUUUGAUUUUGUUCACAAAAAAAUUGCAAAUAGCAAUCUUAUAAAUUUUGAGCAUGCAGUAAUUUUUUCAUUCCUACAAACAAUGGCUUCUAUUAAAUAUUUAGCUGAGGCUCUUAUAAGACACUCAACCCCCAAGUCUCAAACCCCAGGCAGUGUAUAUUCAGAUACAUUGCUUGGAGCUAUUUUUUGUCUCUCAUGUUUGCCAAAAGUCAAUGAUGGUCCUUAUGAAUUUUUUGACUCUCCUACAAAAUCAGUUGAAGAUGCUGUGUGGACGUCUCUUAAUUGCAUAUGUGAUAAUUUACAUCAGCUGUUUUUAAUGCUCUUGAAGGUGUCCACAGAAAGUAAACAUAAUACAAUGCAAUGGAUUGCUGAUUGUUUACAUUCAAAUGCAGACAGAGGGAAACUUCAUAUGUUUGAAGAAGAUCAAGCCUUGGGUGAAUCUAGAAGUUCAAAUGUAUCAGAUGGUUUUAUGCUUAAUUUCAGCGCUGUGCUACUGAGAUUGUGUCAACCAUUUAUAACUGUGUAUAAUGGUGUCAAAAUACUAAAAAUUGAUCCGACAUAUUGUGCAGCUAAAAUAAAUAAUGAAGAAGAGGCACAACAAAAAAACUGCCAUAUGCACAAUUUACAUUCUGAAACGUGUCUUAUACCAGCUGAAGAAGGUCAAACUAGGCCAACUUCUGAUAGCUUUAAUUUUAUAACAGAAUGUUACUUCAUGGCUCAAAAAUCACUUGAUCUAGGUUUUAGAAUAUGUGCUGAAAAAGUUAAUGUAUUAUAUGGAGAAUUGGCCAAAAUUCAACAAGCUUAUAAUGAUGCUGUUGCUACUAGAGGAGCUAAUCAUGAAGUUACUGAGCAUAUACAAGAAAGAAUGCAGGCUUUGAUGUCUAGAUUUUUGUCUCUUAGAGCAGCACUAAUAGAGCCGAAAACAUUGGAUUUAUUAUCUAAACUCCAUGCGUCUUCUGCUAAUUGGCUCAUUCAAAUUCUUUUAAGUAACAAAGAUGAGUCAAGUUCUACAUGUUCAUUAUCUGACAUGAAACCCCUAGAAAUUCCAUUACCUGAAGAAAUUCCAGAAACUUUGAAAUGUGUUCCAGAAUUUAUCCUUUUAAACCUAACCUGUUAUUUAUCAUUUAUUAGAAGGUAUAAUAGAAAAGCAUUGGAAGAAAAUGGAUUCGGGUGGCUGGAACCUAUUUUGAGUGUGAUAAUUAUAUUUAUGGGAUCAGCAAAAAGAAUAUCGAAUCCUCAUUUAAGGGCCGGUCUAGCAGAAUCCAUGGAAGCUCUUUUACCAAAUAAUAAUGAUGAAGAUAUGAUUGCUACUCCGACAAAUUCUUUGGGAACCAUUUACAGGGAACAGUUAUUUAAACAGCACCCUUUGAAAAAAUUAUUUAUUCCUAGUUUACUUAAUGUGUUUGUCAGCAUAGAAAUGACGGGGCAAAAUGUGCAAUUUCAAGAAAAAUUUAAUUAUCGGAGACCGAUGUAUGUGAUAAUGGAUUACCUUUGGUUAAAUGAAGAACACAGAGAUUGUUUUAAAAGUUUAGCACUGGAAGCUGAGAAAAAUAUGGAGGCGGUAACUCCUCCCCUCUUCCUGAGAUUUGUAAACCUUCUCAUCAAUGAUGCUGUAUUUUUAUUAGAUGAAGCGCUUUCCAACAUGGCUCAAUUAAAAACCAUGCAAGCAGCAAGAGAAUCAGGAGAAUGGGCCAAGUUAUCAUUUCAAGAAAGAUUACAAAACGAAUCAUUUUUUCACCAAGCAGGAAUGCAUGCAAAGUUUGACAAUAUUUUAGGACGAUGGACAAUUCACACAUUGGAAUAUUUAACGUCUGAAAUAACCAGUAUAUUUUUACAUCCUGUGAUGGUGGAUAGAGUGGCCGCCAUGUUAAAUUAUUUCUUACAACAUUUGGUAGGUCCGAAUAAGAAAAAUUUCAAAGUGAAAGACAAAGAAGAAUACAAAUUCAAACCGGAUGUAUUCGUUAUGGAUAUUUGUAAAAUAUACGUGCACCUUUAUCACAGCGACGAAUUUUGUUUGGCCGUUUCUCAAGACGGAAGAUCAUACAACAAAGAUUUGUUUUGUCAAGCCGAAGACGUUCUGGCCCGAAUCGGAGGUGGAGCUUUGAUAAGUGAUCUGCAAUUGGUUGAUCUUAAAGUUGCGGAAAUGGCUUCCCGUCAAAUAGAAGAAGAAGAAAUGUUACCCGAUGCACCGGAAGAAUUUUUGGAUCCAAUUAUGUCUACCAUAAUGAAAGAUCCAGUCAUUUUACCCUCUUCGUUGAAAGUCGUCGACAGAACUACAAUCGCAAGGCAUUUGUUAAGUGACGAAUCCGAUCCUUUCAAUCGUUCGCCUUUAACGCUCGAUAAAGUAAAAACCCAUACGGAAUUGCGUGAAAAAAUUAAUGAUUGGGUGGAGAAACGACGAAAAAUUAUCAAGGAUAAAAAAUUAUCAUCCUCGGAAAAUCCUCAAACAAAUUAA